GGCAUGAGAGGAGGAGCGGCGGGUGGGAGGAAGGCGGCUCCGCACACCCAAAAUGGCGGCGGUGGAGCUUGAGUGGGUGCCCGAGACGCUCUAUAACACGGCGAUCUCGGCCGUUGUGGAUAGUUACGGGAGGGCCAGGCGCAGGGACAUCCGUUCGCUGCCCGAGAACAUCCAGUUCGACGUAUACUACAAGCUUUACCAGCAGGGCCGCUUAUGUCAGCUGGGUAGUGAAUUUUGUGAACUAGAAGUUUUUGCAAAGGUGCUUCGAGCUUUAGAUAAAAGGCAUCUGCUUCAUCACUGCUUCCAGGCUUUGAUGGACCAUGGAGUAAAAGUUGCUUCUGUACUGGCCUGUUCUUUCAGUAGAUGGUGCUCCUACAUUGCAGAAUCAGAUUCUGCUGUAAAAGAAAAAGCAAUCCAGAUUGGUUUUGUUUUAGGGGGGUUCCUAUCAGAUGCAGGCUGGUACAGUGAUGCUGAGAAGGUAUUUCUCUCCUGCCUUCAGUUAUGUACCCUUCACGAUGAAAUCCUUCACUGGUUUCGUGCCGUAGAAUGCUGUGUAAGGUUGCUGCACGUUCGGAAUGGUAACUGUAAAUAUCACUUGGGAGAAGAAACAUUCAAACUGGCUCAGUCUUACAUGGACAAACUUGCAAAACACGGCCAGCAGGCGAACAAAGCAGCACUCUAUGGGGAGCUGUGUGCACUUCUCUUUGCCAAGAGCCACUACGAUGAGGCUUAUAAAUGGUGCAUAGAAGCCAUGAAGGAGAUCACAGUUGGCCUGCCUGUAAAAGUAGUAGUGGAUGUUUUACGACAAGCUUCAAAGGCUUGCGUUGUGAAACGUGAAUUUAAGAAGGCUGAGCAGCUGAUAAAGCAUGCAGUAUACCUUGCCAGGGAGCAUUUCGGAGCCAAGCACCCCAAAUACUCUGAUACGCUACUAGACUACGGAUUUUACCUGCUCAAUGUAGACAAUAUAUGCCAGUCUGUUGCCAUCUAUCAGACAGCUCUUGAUAUCCGGCAGUCAGUAUUUGGAGGUAAAAACAUCCAUGUAGCUACAGCUCAUGAAGACUUGGCUUACUCUUCAUAUGUUCACCAGUACAGCUCUGGAAAAUUUGACAAUGCACUAUUCCAUGCUGAACGUGCUAUUGGCAUUAUAACUCACAUUCUUCCAGAAGACCAUCUUCUCUUGGCAUCUUCAAGGCGAGUUAAAGCACUUAUCUUGGAGGAGAUUGCAAUAGACUGUCACAACAAGGAAACUGAGCAGAGGUUACUUCGGGAAGCUCAUGACUUACAUCUGUCCUCACUCCUGUUAGCUAAAAGAGCCUUUGGGGAGAUUAAUGUACAAACAGCAAAACACUAUGGCAACCUUGGAAGACUGUAUCAGUCCAUGAGAAAUUUUAAGGAAGCAGAAGAAAUGCACAUCAAGGCAAUUCAGAUUAAGGAGCAGCUUCUAGGUCAAGAAGAUUAUGAAGUUGCCCUGUCAGUGGGCCAUCUAGCUUCUCUCUAUAACUAUGAUAUGAACCAGUAUGAAAAUGCUGAAAAGCUCUAUUUGAGGUCCAUAGCAAUUGGAAAGAAGCUUUUUGGGGAAGGAUACAGUGGACUUGAAUACGAUUACCGAGGCCUCAUUAAACUGUACAAUUCCAUUGGUAAUUACGAGAAAGUCUUUGAAUACCACAAUAUUUUGGCCAAUUGGAAUCGGUUGCGGGAUCGGCAGUUCUCGGUUACAGAUGCUCUGGAGGACGUAAGCAUUAGCCCUCAAUCCACUGAAGAAGUGGUCCAGUCUUUUCUGAUGUCUCAGAAUGUUGAUGGACAGAGUAGUUAAGAACUUGGUCAAUAAACCAGUUAAGGUUUUUUCCCCCCAGGUUACAGGGGGAAAAGUCAUACUGUGAAAUCUAAACCAUGUAGUCCUCUGGGGGCUGGAAUUUGCAUUGAAACACUGGUCCAGUCUAUUAAAGAGUGCCCAUACGGAUGAAUGUGUGUUAAAUUCUUAUCAGCAUGUGUAUGGCAUGUUUAGUUCGGCUCACAUUUUGAACUUGGUAUUCCAGAAAACCCCUUCUUUCUCUCUUCUUUCAAAAGAAGCUACUUUGCAGAAAGUCUGCAAGAAAACCUUAAAUAAAACUGUUUGAGCUCAAAA